AUUCAUGUUAUCUUGUGUCUCCGAGUUUCAGAAAGCGCACGGCUGUCCGCCUGCAUGGAGGUAAACGGUCGGUGGUAACGAUGUAGGCUCACACUGAGAUGCUGCGCUUCCUGAGCUUCGACUUGGAAAAGUGCGUCCUGAUAAAGCGUCGGCUUUUCCUUUUACAGAUGCAUCGCUCAAAUCAGGGUUACGGAGCUGCUUCAUGUGUGCCCAAGGACAUCAUCUGUCAAGAAGAGUUGCUUUUAAAAGGCUCAUCUCGUUUUCCCCUUGACUGAAGCGUUCCUAUUGUACUUUAGCUAAUGGCUGGUUUUAGACACGGCUUCAUCUAAAGGGUGCACCCCUGUCCCCAGGACCCUGCUUUGGAGACAGAAUGGCAACUGGAGUAGCAGCAUGGCUUCCUUUUGCGCGGGCAGCUGCCAUCGGCUGGAUGCCAGUGGCGAACUGUCCCAUGCCAGUUGCCCCCAGGGAUCACAGCAAAAAGAAGGAUGAGCUGAUCAUUCUGAAUGUCAGCGGGCGCCGUUUUCAAACCUGGAGGACCACCCUAGACCGCUACCCCGACACCCUGCUUGGCAGCAUGGAGAAGGAGUUUUUUUACAACGAGGAGACGAAGGAGUACUUCUUUGACCGUGAUCCGGACGCCUUCCGUAGCGUCCUGAACUUUUACCGCACAGGCAAGCUUCACUACCCACGCUACGAGUGCAUCUCAGCCUACGAUGAGGAGCUGGCCUUCUUCGGUAUCAUCCCGGAGAUCAUCGGAGACUGUUGCUAUGAAGAGUACAAAGAUCGCAAGCGGGAGAAUGCCGAGCGCCUCAUGGAUGACCAGGAGGAGAACAAAGACAGCAAGCUGCCCAACAUGAACUUCCGCGAGACCAUGUGGCGCGCCUUCGAGAACCCACAUACCAGCACCAUGGCGCUGGUGUUCUACUACGUCACGGGCUUCUUCAUCGCCGUGUCCGUCAUCACCAACGUGGUGGAAACAGUGCCUUGCGGCUCCACACCCAACCAGAAGGACAUGCCAUGCGGCGAGCGCUACACAGUGGCCUUCUUCUGCAUGGACACGGCGUGUGUGAUGAUCUUCACCGUGGAGUACCUGCUCCGGCUGUUCGCCGCGCCCAGCCGCUACCGCUUCAUGCGCUCGGUGAUGAGCAUCAUUGACGUGGUGGCCAUCCUGCCCUACUACAUCGGCCUGGUCAUGACGGACAACGAGGACGUGAGCGGCGCCUUCGUCACGCUGCGCGUCUUCCGCGUCUUCCGCAUCUUCAAGUUCUCGCGCCACUCGCAGGGCCUGCGUAUCCUGGGCUACACGUUGAAGAGCUGCGCCUCGGAGCUGGGCUUCCUCCUCUUCUCCCUGACCAUGGCCAUCAUCAUCUUCGCCACCGUCAUGUUCUAUGCUGAGAAAGGCUCCAGCUCAAGCAAGUUCACUAGCAUUCCUGCCUCCUUCUGGUACACCAUCGUUACAAUGACCACGCUGGGUUAUGGAGACAUGGUGCCUAAGACGAUUGCGGGGAAGAUUUUCGGUUCCAUCUGUUCCCUGAGCGGGGUGCUGGUAAUAGCCUUGCCUGUGCCUGUCAUCGUGUCCAACUUUAGCCGAAUCUAUCACCAGAACCAGAGAGCAGACAAGCGCCGUGCUCAGAAGGUACAGAAAGCCCGAUUGGCCCGAAUAAGAAUAGCCAAGAAGGGCAGCUCCAACGCCUACCUCCAAAGCAAGCGGAACGGCCUCCUCAGUGAGCUGCUGGACCUCACGGGCUCAGAGGAGGAGGAGCACGUGAAUAAAACCACAUCAUUACUGGAGAGCCAACAUCACCACCUACUGCACUGUCUAGAGAAGACCACCGCUCAUGAGUUUGUCGAUGAGCAGCUGUAUGAGCAAAACUGUGUGGAGGGGGCGGUGCCGCUACAGAGCCCGCCCUCACGGAGCUCCUCCCUAUCCAGUCACGACGGCGUCACAGGCACCUGCUGUACGCGCCGCUCCCGCAAGAGGAUCCCACUGCCCAACGCCAGCCUGUCCACCACACACACGCACACACAGGGCCUGCAGGAGCUCAGUGCCAUUCGCAUCCAGUACGGAGAUGAACCCAGUCUUGGUUCCAGCACUCGCUCCAGUCUCAACCUGAAGACCAGCGAGAGGAGUGGGAGCAACUGCCAAGGGCAGCACAUCACCACGGCCAUCAUCAGCCUCCCCUCCCCGCCUGCCUUCCACCCGGACUCCACCGUCGUCCCACCCAUCACCACCACCUCCAGCUCCAACGUCGUCAAGGUGUCGGCCCUGUGACCACGCCCCCUCGACGGGGGACGGACGGCGG